GCAAAAGGAACGUUGUGAGUGUUGAGGACGUCAUCAUACACUCCUGCAUGCGAUCGAGGAACGAUCAGCGAACAUUGCGAGACGAGGGAAUUUGUGCCCUGAGUAGAAUCGCAUAUGUACCAUCACGACUAGGUGUUAUUCCUAUCAAGCUAGCAACACCGACCGGAACUAUCGAAACGUACGCAUUCUUGGACAGUGGCUCUGAUGUCACGUUAAUAAAACGAGAGCUACUAGUUAACAGCGGAGUCUUCACCAAGCCGACGGCAUCGACGAUCAACACACUAAUCCCCACAGGAAAAAGGGAUACAUCGAGCGGGCUGAGAGUAACAAAACGUUUCCGGAACCAAGACGUUGGUAUUUACCUCAUCAUCCUGUUGUAA